GAGAGUUAUCGGCCAAUGUACCCUCAUACAUGUAUUCUAUUAAGGUUGAGCCUAAAAACUAAGCAUUCGAACGUCAUUAGGAGUCACAUCGUGCCGUUUGUUCAGAGGUAAACAAUAACAUUCAAGAUGGCAGCAGUUUGAUGACAAGUCAUGCAAGUAUUUUGUUGAUGUUUUGUCAUUAUGGGUGGAGGAGAGAAAGCUUGAUUUAGAAUGAUGCAGUUUUCAUCCCGCUUCCUGGCUCUAUCCGUUAACUUUGCAAUGAAGAUCAUCAUCAUCAGCCUCGUGACAAGCGCCCUCUUUGUUCAGUAUACUGCUGCUUUCUGGAACCCAUUCUGUUAUUAUGAAUGUUGCAGUGACAAAUGGAUAAAUCUAAAAAAUGCCACAGGGCUCCAAAAGGUGCUUGAUAAACAGUUAUACGGCCAGCAUCUAGCGACUGAAGUUGUAGUGAGUGCAGUUAGUUCUCAUCUCACGGACCCAGAUCCAUCCAAAGCGUUGGUCCUCUCGUUCCACGGCCCUACCGGCACCGGAAAGAAUUUUGUCUCUCGCUUGCUUGCAGAGAGUAUCUACAAAAAAGGAAUGCACAGCAAAUACGUGCAUGUGUUCUCAGCUAACAACAAUUUCCCUCACAAGCAAGAAGUUUAUGAAUACAAGAAAUUUCUUAAAGACACUGUAAAAAAGCAUGUAUCCAAUUGUCCACGCCAGCUCUUUAUCUUUGAUGAGGUGGAGGAUUUUCCUGAAGGCUUGCUGGAUAUCAUCAAACCAUACUUGGACUACAACCAGCAUGUGGAUGGUAUAGAUUACAGGAAAGCUGUGUUCCUUAUGUUAAGUAACACAGGCUCUAUAGAGAUUCUUCGCAAAGUAGACAAACACCUGCAGAAUGGAGGCAAAAGAGAACAACUCGGACUUCGGGAAAUGGAAGAAAUCAUAGAGAAAGUUUCCAUGAACACAGGUGGGUUCCGCAGAAGUCGUCUCAUCGAUCAUUACGUCGUGAGUCACUUUCUGCCAUUUUUACCUUUGGAAAAGAGACAUGUUCGAGAAUGUAUACAAGCUCUUCUUAGACAGAAACCAGUACCAGAACGCUCUUAUGAAAAAAUAAUAGAUGAAGUUAUAGAAGAUUUACAGUUUCAGCCGGAGGGUACUGAGCAGUAUGCGACUAAAGGCUGUAAAAACGCUGUAGAGAAAGUUAACCGAGUACUAUACAGAAUGAAGGAUGAGUUAUGAGAUUGCCAGUGUAGCAAGUCUAGAAACUCUACAACCUCUCAAGACCGAAUCUCUGAUCUGCUUCAAGUUUACUCAUCAACUUGCAGAGAAACAAUGGUGCCAGGAUUAGAGAAUAUAUUGACUUGAUCACACACAGUUUUGAAGGACGAGUUGUGAAGUACCAGAGUAGCAAGUCUAGAAUCUCCAGCUCUGUUUUCUCAAGACCCAACUUGCAGAGAAACAAUGGUGCCAGGAGUAGAAUACAUUGACUUAUUCACACACAGAUUUCUCGGGUUAAAUUCAGAAAUCUGAUGUAAUGGUUGAAAUCAGCUACACUGAUACACAUCAGGCUUUGAAUUACAAGCAGGUCACGUUGCCCCUGGUCUUGGCCUUGGUGCCCCGACGAAAGUUCCCCAUUGACUUUAAGAUUUGCCCUUUCAUAAAUGAAAUUCCAGUAAUGCUACACUGAUGUACAAAUUCUAUCUACGAAACAAGAGGCACUUUGUGUUGGAUUUAAAACCAAAGACAUUAAAGAGCAAAGGUGGCAAUAACUGAUAUGCACAAGUGCUGUCUUAAAAAUAUUCUGUGCUGAAUUUUGGGAAAACGAGUACAUACAUGUACAUCAAGCUGGCAAGAUGGACGCCCUGUUCACAUGUGACUAUGCAAGGGUUUAUUAUGGUUGUGUACUGCAUAAAUUCAAAAUCAGUACACCAUGAUGGUUUCGACGUAGCUUGGACUAGGAAUCCUUCACGCGCAUUGUGGGACAUACAUUUCGGUGAUUGGGAAAGUAAUUGCACAUUCAUUGUCACUGACUUGCCACUUUAAACUGCCAUUUUUCACCAAAAAAUGUAAUUUUGAAUCUUUGAAACAAACUUCCUAAAGAAUCUUCAUUGUGCCGUUUGUUUUUAAAAAAUAACCUGUAAAAAUGGCUUUCUACAAGUUGUGAUGAAGAUCCGUGAAACCCGGUUCAAAGUUCCUGUGAAUGCAACAACAAAAGCCGUGUUCAACUCCUUGGAAACAUUCGCUGCAAGGUCAGCCCUGUGACGUUGAAACACGCUUUGCAUUCACAUGAAGUAUGUACCAAGCUUAAAGGCAUUGGACACCUUUGGUUAUUGUCAAAGACCAGUCUCACUUGGUGUAUCUCAACAUGCAUAAAAUAACAAACCUGUGAAAAUUUGAACUUGUGAAAAGUUGAACUAUAUUCAAAGUCAGAAUUUUUCCUCCUAGAAGAAGUGAUCUAGGGAAGUGAUUGCUUGAUAUGUGCGAUGCUGCACUUAGUUUUUUAAUAAUAAUUAGUUUGGGUUUUUUUUUUUCGGUGGGGGCAUCUUGUAUUUUUUCCUUUUGUAAAGCAAUUCUUUUUUUUCUGUUAGGUAGUUUAAACUUGCACUGUAAAGUGCCUAAACUAAAAUUGAGUGAAUAAAUGUUAAAUUUUCCCAGUAAAGAAUAUUUAGAACCUGGUUUAUUUUGACAUGUUUUUACUGUGAGGGGGGAAGUCCACGACGGUGCAAGGGGUCAAAUUAUGCCGGACAGUCACAAAGCCAGCAUGUUGCUAUGAAGGCUACCAUUUACAGACAACAUCUAGUAUGAGAAGUUUAUUUGAAAUUUCAAAAGAAACAGAUCACAUUAUAGAAAGGUACUAAAUACAUGUAGUUGGCAUAUUAAAUGAACAUGUAUGGUUAGUUGUUUCAGUGUGUUCAUUUGUUGAACUCUAGAAAUACAACGAGAUAGUAACAUAACUAAGUUUAAAACAGUAGAAAAAUAUACUUAUCUAUUGAAUAGUUCAGUCGGGGCAAGAUCGAGUAUGAGCUUAUGGCAAAAGAACAAUAAAAAAUGUGUCGGCUGAAAGUACUGCUGUGAAAUUAAACACAAAUUAAUUUGCAUAAUAAUGGACAAGGAUGCUUCAUACAAUCUGCCAAUGAAGAUACAUGACUCAUUAUGGACGAACAAUGUAGUCAAACCAAGAAAAUAGCUUUUAACUCUAAACUAUAAGCGGAAGUACUAAAUAAAAAGUAUACUAUUUAAAAAUACAGCUAUACUUCUAACACUUGAAAGAAACCUCCUAUUUAAAAGACUCGGUACACCAAUGGUAAUGUUGGUAAAAUAUUUGAUACUUUUCUUUUAAGAUAUAAAAAAGGAUGCAAAAAAAAAACUUCACCAAAAGGGAUCCAUGUGUUUAACAAAGUUAAGGUGUUCUAAAUUCAAUUUUGUGACGCUUGGGUCCAAAGGAUGGUAGAAUGAAAUCUUUGAUUUACAGGGUUGACUAACGAAACCUACGUAAAAUAUCUUGGCACAUUUUUUUUUUUUUAAGAACUUGACAGUGAUAUUUCCUUGGCCUUCAAAUUCACAAAAUGUAAAGUAAGAAGAACUUUUGGAGCGUUUCUCUCCAAAGCUAUGCACAAAAGAAUGUCCACGUAGGCACAAACCUGGAAUCCGUUGAGCUGCUAGCCAAACUAGUACAGGAGCAAACCUAUACACGCAUCAGUAUUUUGAAUGUUCCAGCCAUUAAACUGAACGUUCCAGCAAUCAAAUGGAACGCUCCAACGUAUAAGCUGGAAAACUUAUCCGAUCCAGUUAAGAUGCUCCUACUAUUCAGACCUUUAAAAUACUCUCCUUCUAAAGGUGAUUGUUAGCGUGCUGUGCAAAAUCAGAAAUCAAGUGAAGUUUGCAAUAACUCACACACAAAAUAUGUUUGGUCACUAAUACCGAUAUACAAUCCCUUUUAAUUACCUCAGUUACUACGCUGUACUACAAUUGUCAGAAGAUUACCAAUAUGUAGUUAAAGUCACAAAGUCUUAACCUGAUUUACUACUUCAAUCUACCCCAAAAUAAAGCACUACUUCAAGAUGACCAACCUCGCAGUCUCUGCUCUGUAUUUACAACUUUCCACAUGCCUCUGAAGAUAAUUUUUUUUUGCUGAUUAUAAUUUAAGCAGCCCAUUAACAAGUAUGACUCGGGCAACAUGCAAUAUAUAGAGUCAGAAAUAGCCCCUAGAAAAUAUUAAUUUUAAUUAUUCUAUUGUCUCACUUAUUUUACUUUCCCAAACUUCCUUUUCAGCAACUUGCUAACAGGUAAGCUUGUUCCUAAGUAAAUAUGUUCACGUUUCCUUCAUUGUCAUUAAUAGUGACAAGAAUUGAAAUCAGAAAUGAGUUUAACAGAUUUUCCAGCAUUUUUCUGCUUUUAAACAAAAAAUAACACUUAUGAAUGGGAGUAAGAUUGUGGCACCUCAGCAUUGAAUGUUCAAUUAAAACCUUUGUAGGGUCAUGGUUGUGCAAUUAAGCUCCUCGCCUUCAGCUCGGCCCUUUAUCCAUUUUAAAACAAACCCUCAGAAUUCCCUCACUGAUUUCAUAUUCCCUUUUGAAAAAUUCAAAUGUUAGCAGCUAGGGUAUGAAUUUGAAGCUAUAACGAACAAUCUGUCUAGUUCAAGUUAACUACAAGUAAGCCAAUGGUUUACUCGAGCCAUUGGUUGUGGGAAGCAGUGAACCGACUACGUAUCAUUUGGAUAGAAUUGAAGAUUUCAAAGCGAACAACAAGAGCAAGUUUCCACAACUGGUCAAUUUUGAUUUUGUUUCUUCUUUUAAAUAGGUUCUAACAUCCUGAAUUUCUUAGUAUUACAGCGACAGUAGGCGUGGCAGGAGAUUCUGUCCCUCCAAUUGGCCAACUGUGUACAAACUUCACCUGAUGGCGCCCUCUUUGGAUCAUCCUCCUUCUCCCCAUGUUUAUUUACCAUAUGAGGGGGUGG